UGCCUUUCGCAGUAAACGUUCUUCCGAGAAAUUCCGAGGGGAUCUCAGCCGAGCAGGGGGAAGGAUCCUGCGCUCCGGGGGAGACCGAAGGGCAAGCUCACGAGCCGCUGCUCGAGCCCCCGAGUGCGGAUACCCCGAGGGAUGCCUGCGCCCCCGAGGACCCCAGCCCGCCGCCCCUCCCCCAGGCCCUCCUAGCAUGCUGCCUGCCGCCAUGAAGGGCCUUGGCCUGGCGCUGCUGGUCACCCUGCUGUGCUCGGCGCCCGCUCACGGCCUGUGGUGCCAGGACUGCACGCUGACCACCAACUCCAGCCACUGCACCCCGAAGCAGUGCCAGCCCACGGACACCGUCUGUGCCAGCGUGCGCAUCACCGACCCCAGCAGCAGCAGGAAGGACCACUCUGUGAACAAGAUGUGCGCCUCGUCCUGUGACUUCGUGAAGCGGCACUUUUUCUCAGACUAUCUGAUGGGCUUCAUCAACACGGGGGUCUUGGAAGUGGACGUGGACUGCUGUGAGAAGGAUUUGUGCAAUGGGGCAUCGGGGGCCGGGGGCAGCCCCUGGGCCCUGGCUGGGGGCCUCCUGCUCAGCCUGGGGCCCGCCCUCCUCUGGGCUGGGCCCUGA